AUUUGGCAUUCAGAGUUCAAGAUUACAGGCGAGGGGCUGGGCCUCUCCAGGCAGGAACUGGAGUCAGACGCUUCCCUGCUACUUGCUGGGAGAGAAGAACAUUAGGAAUGCCUUUCAGUGCCUGCGUUCCUGAACUGUCCCUUAGAAGCCUGGCAGCUCGGGGCAAUCCAGCCACAGCUCACCGGCAACCUUGCAGGCGUCCUGAUGCAGGCCAAAUACUACAGCACGAACAACAUGCUGGAUGAGGAAUGGGGCACCACCUUGAGCCUGCAUUCUCAAGCCUCUACUCCAGCCCAGCGCCCGAAGCAUGGGCACACAGAACAUAGAUGUAGCCCUUGCCCAGAAAAUUGGAAAUGGCAUGGGGACAAAUGCUACCAGUUCUAUAAAAAGAGCAAGAGUUGGCAGGACUGUGACUCUUUCUGUAUUGCUGAAAACUCAACCAUGCUGAAGAUAAACACACAAGAAGUGCUGCAGUUUGCCAUGCCUCAGAGCUACUCUGAGUUUUUCUACUCUUACUGGAUAGGGCUAUCCCGCAACGGCAGUGACAAGCCCUGGCUGUGGGUGGAUGGAGCAUCUUACACUUCUGAACUGUUUAAGAUUAAAACAGAUUUCACCAGCCCAGGAGGCGGGGACUGUGUGACCAUUCUCAGUGGAAUGUUUUUCUCAAAGAACUGCGAAGAGUUGAGGCGGUGUGCGUGUGAAACAGAGGCGACCCCAGUCAAGUUAGAGAGACUCCCUUAGCGUCUGUGAAUCAUUCGUUACAUGUAGGCGAUUGACUCUCCAGCUAUGGCUACAACUGUGUACUCCCUCCCUUCCGAGACACUGAAGAUCAGAACAAAAGUCAUUCUCUUUAUGUGCACUUGUAAUAGUUUGGUUCCAAACUAUUCUCUUUCAUUCGAUCCAUGUUUAUGCAACAACUCAGCAAAAAGCCUGAGACACGCCAAGUCAAUGCAAAGGAUAUCUGAGAAAUAGAAAAAUGGAAAAAAAAUCAGGAAAGGCAAUUGCUCUGACCGGCACAAGAAGGAUUUUCAUAUUUCCUGCUCAAGAUCACCAAUACUUCUGAGCUUGGAAGUUCGUGCACAUAUGCACCAGUUACAAAGAAGUCCUGAUUACAUAUCACCAACUGGCCCCUGAAAUCCAUAAGGUUGCUGUAAUCCCCCUUCUGGAUUUUGAGAUAACUUUCUAGAGUUCUUCUCUCUCAGCAUUUAAUACCAUUUUUUUGUUUCUAUUUAUUCCUUAAUACUUGGAGUGAGAAACUUAAACAGAGGAACUAAAUGUACGUAAGAUCCUUUGCUACCACAGUCAAUGAAUCCAAGAGAAAUUAGCAGUCAUUUCGUACACUGAGCUAACAAAUGCAAAACUAAUUCAUUUGGUUUGCUUACGUUCUUAUUAUUUUUUCCUUCUCAGUUUCUCGAUAGAGCCCCCAUCUGCUCUGGCCAAUUCUCUUUAUUAGAAUCUUAACUUUUACAAACAUAUCUUUCCAUGUCUAUUUAAGAUUCCAAUGACUGUCUCCUAGAAAUUUCUUCUAGGAUAGAAAUAGUCUCAACUUGGUUCCAUAUCAGAAUUACUAUCCCUGAUACUCCUUUCUGAGAGAUUGACAACCAGAACAAAAGUCAGUCUGUUUAUGUGCAUCUGGAAUAGUUUAGUUUCAGUUCCUAUUUUCUUCCAUUUGAUCCAUGUUUAUACCUUUCAGGUACUGGAGAUUUAAUAAUAAUAAACAAUGUGAAGUGUG